AUGGGCGGGGCAUAUAAAUAUCAAGAUGGGAAGUUUGACACUCAUCCCUCGACCAUGUUUCCUACAUCCUUCACGGACAGCCCUGAGUACAAGGCUAGGUUGAAGGUUCCUUUCUCGCCUCCCAAGCUCACCCUCGCUCAAGUUCGGGCUGCCAUCCCGCCCCACCUUUUCGAGAAGAGCACCGCGAAGGGACUUUUCUACCUUGCUCGCGACUUUGUUUGUGCCUUCACUCUCUACAAGUUGGCAUGGCAAAUCGAGCCGGUUGCGCAACUGAUUGAGGCUGCGGUCUCGCCUCAAGCUGCAACCGCCGCUCGAUGGCUGCUUUGGUCAGCCUACUGUUUCUCUCAGGGCAUCGUCUUCACUGGAUUCUGGUGCAUCGCUCAUGAGGCCGGGCAUAUGAACAUCUCCCCUCACGGCUGGGUCAACCACAUCACUGGUCUCAUUUGCCACUCCUUCCUCAUGACGCCAUUCUUCGGCUGGCGUGCUUCGCACAACGCGCACCACAAGGCGACUAUGAGCUUGGAGCGUGAAGAGAACUGGGUCCCCCACACUCGCAAGGAAUUCAAGCUCCCCGAGAAGUCCGUCGCACAACCCAAUGACUACACCGAAAUCUUUGAGGAUGCUCCUCUAUACACGCUCAUCCGCAUGAUUGUCCAACAAUCCAUUGGCUGGAACUUCUACCUCCUCACCAACGCGACUGGCCACCCUCGCUACCCUGCGGGCACCAACCACUUCUCACCCAGCUCCGGUCUCUUCCGUCCCAGCCAACGCAAGGGCAUCAUUCUCGCCGAUCUCUUCAUUCUCGGUUCUGGCUUCCUUCUCUACAAGUGGGCUAGCCAACCCGGUGUUGGUCUGCUCAACUGGUUCCGCCUUUGGUUCAUUCCCUACUCAUUCGUUAACAACUGGAUUGUCAUGUUGACCUUCCUUCAUCACUGCGACCCCACCCUUCCCUACUACCGCAAGUCCCAAUGGUCCUUCCUCCGUGGCGCUGUCUCCACCGUUGACCGUCCGUUCUUGGGCUGGGCUGGAAACUUCUUCCUCCACUAUGUCUCUCGUUUCCACGUUGGCCACCACUUGUUCUCCAACAUUCCCUUCUACAACCAACCCGAGGUCACUGAAUACCUCAAGAAGGUCAUCCCCGAGCACUACAACUACGAUUCGACGAACAUGUACCGUGCCUUCUGGCGCAACUUCACCCAAUGCUGCUUCAUCGAAGAUGAGGGUGACAUGGUCUUCUUCAAGAACAAGAAAGGAGAGGCCCAGCGCGAGUUUGCUUCCGACGCUUUCGAGCGCCCUACCAUCGUCCCGACUACUGAGGUUCCUGCCCAGUAG